UCCAGCAAUAACGAUAAUGGCGAAUGUUGCACCUGACUACGACAAAGCCGGUGAUGAUGGCUGUACUAAGGUCAAAGUAAUUUGCCUAGGAGACAGUGCUGUUGGCAAAUCAAAGUUAGUUGAAAGAUUUUUAAUGGAUGGAUAUAAACCUCAACAGUUAUCUACCUUUGCAUUAACAUUAUUCAAUUAUGAAACAGAAGUCAACAAAGAAAAAGUUUCAGUUGAUUUUUGGGACACAGCAGGACAGGAAAGAUUUAACAACAUGCAUCCUUCAUAUUAUCAUCAAGCCCAUGCCUGUAUAAUUGUAUUUGAUACAACAAGAAAAAUAACAUAUAAGAAUCUGCCGAACUGGUUAAAAGAAUUACGAGAGUAUAGACCUGAAAUACCUUGUUUAUGUGCUGCCAAUAAAAUAGAUGUUGAUGUGUCAGUGACUACAAAAUCAUUUAAUUUUGCCAAGAAACACAACAUGCCAUUUUAUUUUUGUUCUGCAUCAGAUGGAACAAAUGUAGUGAGGUUAUUCAAAGAUGCUAUACGAGCAGCAGUUGCCUAUAAAAAUAACUCAACAGAUUUUAUGGAUGAAAUCAUGAGAGAAUUAGAGAACUUUGAAUUAGAAACAGAUAAAAAGGACAAUGAAGUAGAUAGUGGUUUAGAUUCCACAGGAAAUUCUGAUGAACAGAAACAAACAGCAAGCUGAGACUAGGAUAAUACUUAUUGUUGUUGAAUAUUUAUUUAUUUAUUCCGGGGAAAGGUGGGCAAUGUUAUCAUGUGUCAAAUUGAUUUUGUCACAUGAUAAAACUUUGCCAGGUUGUCACAUGAUAUAACUUUGCCAGGUUGUCACAUGAUAUAACUUUGCCAGGUUGUCACAUGAUACAACUUUGCCAGGUUGUCACAUGAUAUAACUUUGCCAGGUUGUCACAUGAUAUAACUUUACCAGGUUGUCACAUGAUAUAACUUUGCCAGGUUGUCACAUGAUAUAACUUUGUCAGGUUGACAUUUAUUUUUGUUAGGACUUAUUUAUACCUCUCAGCACUUAAGAAUUCUUCAUAUUCUGUUGUUAAGAAUCAAUGAAAAAUGUACAAGUGGUACUUAAAACUAUCAAAAAAUCUUUCUAUACAUUCAAUGUUUUACCAUGUAAAAAUUUUAAUUUCACAUAAUACAUUUUAUGUCACUAUUAACAUCUCUUGAAAAUGGAAGGGUCAGAUUAUCUUUUCAUUUGAAAAAGUGCUGUCAACUAACAGGUUUAUUCUUAGGAAUGUUCUUCAAACUGACCAUUAUGUUUUGCUUACACCUAUUAAUCUUAUUCAAAUAAGAUCCUGUGCCAUAUUGCAAUAUGAAGACUCAUCGUUUAUAAGUUAGUAAAGUCAUGGGUUAAGAUUUGUUAUUGUCCAAAAGAACAUGAGGUAUAAGUAAGAUCCUACAGUUUUCACAAUCUUUUAUUGUGCUAGCACUCUCUUGUAACGGGUUCUCUCUGUUUCUGUAUGCACAAAACAUUUUGAAAUAUGUGCACACCUUGCCGUCAUUCUUGUGAUCUGUUGUCAUUGUAUCAUUACUUGUCAUUGUUAGUCAUCAGUAUCAUUUCCUGAGAAAAUGAUUGGAUAAUUUAAGGAAAUUGGUAAAUAGCUAAAGGAGCACAUUGUUCUAGUAUGAAAGAAAUUUUGUUGAAUUUUUUUUUGAUGUAAUAAUCUAUUUCAUAUCAGAAACCAGUUCAGAAAAACUAUUCUGUUAUGUUCAUAAUAACUGUAUUUAUCAUAUAUUAAGUAAAACUGUGGUUUCUGGGUAUAAAUUAUAUAUAUAUGACAUAUAAUAUAUUGCUUUUCAUAACAAUCAAUAUAAACCCAGUCAAUAUUAAAACGUCAGAGUUAAAAUUUCAGGGUAAUAUGAACAUAUUUGGUUGUUACUGGAAGUAAUAUAAAAAAUUGAUAUGACACUCUAUAAACACAAACAUAUAUUUUAUAUAAUUUUAAAACAAAAACAAUAACCCCAAACAGUUGCAUUGUGCUGCUUCUGUAGAAUAAUAGAAUAGAUUUUUCUUUGAAUUUGAAAUCUGAAUACUGUUAGAGUAUGUGGAAUUUGUGAAUUAUCUCCCCUCUAUUCUGCAUUUUAUGACACAUUUUUGUAAAAAAAGGCAGUUUGCAUCUAAAUGUGCUGUGAUGUUUAAUAUUGGUACUUUUUUACAUCAUGAUUUUAUCAUCGAAAGGUUGUAAAGAAUCCUAAUACUUAUGUUAAAUGAUUGGUCACUAAAUUAUCACUGCCAUUGUCAUCAAACUUAUAUACCAGGAAAUAAUAUAAAAUAUGUUCACAAGUGUUUCUGUAAUUAAAUUUCCACACCGUUCAAGCUUAAUUCAUAUAAUUCUUCUUGAACUGACAUUAAGUAGCUAAAUAAUUUAAAUCACUUUUUUAAAACUUAACUAAAUUUAACCAAGAUUUUGUUCAGCAUUAAAUUGUUCUGAAUUAAAAGGUACAAUUUUUAGCCUGUAGAUCUAUUAGAUAAAAUCUUAAGAACUUACAUCUAGGAAUGGAGCUUUAAUUGUGUGCAUGUUGUAUUUUCUAAAUUAAUUUUGAUGAAAGUUCUAAAAAAAAUAGCCAAACAUUUAUAUAUUUGAAAGAAGUAAAAUCAACAUUAACCAUCCAUUAGAUAUUCUCUGAAUACCAAUGCAUAUAUUAAGCCUUAAACAUCCAAUAUAAAUUUUAUAUUUACUACAUUAAUGCAUAAAGUAGAAAGAAUACCCUCAUCAUCAUUAUCCUAAAUAAACUUUCUAGUACUUCAGUAUUGGCAUGAAUAUGUAGAGACAUUCUUUCUUACUUUCUGAUGUGGAAAUUAUAUAAUUGUAUUGUUACUAAAUUAUAUAAUUGUAUUGUUACUAAAUUAUAUAAUUGUAUUGAAACUUAGUUGAAUUUCCCUCAGGCAAAGUUGACCUUAAUAUAUAUUUACCUAAUGUUGGAUAUUAAAGAAACUUGUCAUGUACACUGAAAACAAUGUUAUAUAUGUUUUUAUUACUAUUGAACUUUUUGAUCUGUUGUUUAAGUGUUGUGAUUCUUGUAUGAAGCUAGUCGGUUUUUGUGAAUGAAUGAACUUUUGAUUGCAAUUGUAUACUGAUCAGAUCUUGUGCCAAGUUUUUCCCCAUAUCAUUCACAUGUAUGUUAGAUGCUAGAUUUUUAGAUUCUGUUAUUAGUAUAUAUUACACAAUAUUUUCAUUCAAACAACCAAUUUUUUGGGGUACACAUUUUAAGAGAUAUAAUACAAAUUUUAAUUUAAAAUUUUUGAUAACUGAAGUCCUGCAUAUAGAAGUAGCUUCUUACAAAUAUGCUGUUGAUAAGAAAUUAUUUAAAUAAUUAUGAUAUUUAUAUUUUUAUUGUACCAAUGUAAUACUUUUUAAACAACUUGAUGGUUCUGUAAUUGUGCAAACAAAUGUCCUACAGUGAACCUAAAAACACUAUUUUAAACAAAGAAAGAUAGAGUAGUAAUGUUUCAUUGAAAUGUAGAACAAAAAUAUGAAUCAAAAGUUAAUUUAUCAUAAUUACAUACAAUGUACCAUUAAUUCAAGUAUGUACAUCAGCAAGGGAGAUAAUUUGAAACAUAGCAUAUGUUUUUUAACAUCUCCCUUUUAAGUAACAUCCUGUAAAUGUACUUAUGAAUCACACAUGUAAAGAGAUCAGAAUAUAUUUCUUCAGCCAUUAUAACAUUCAGCUCUAAACUGGUUUCAGAGAAUCUAAAUAUAAUGAGCUGGAAAAGGGUCAUAAAGCAUAACUGAAGUAACAGUUAUCCAAAAUAUUCAUUUAACAUUGGAAGAUGGUUAAAUUGUUCUCCUGCUUAAUGCUAACAUUAGGAAGAAAGCGGCAUUGCAUUCUUUGUAGUGUUGUAGAUUCAAAUUAGUGAACUAGAUUUAAAAGGGUGUUCAGCUAUGAAAAAGGAAAGUAAUUAUCAUUCUUACAGAAUCUCCCUGUAUAAUUAUUAUACACUGCAUCUUAAAAUGCCAUUGAAAGUUUUUUUAUCUGAUCAAAGAUCUACAUCAAUAGAUUGUACUCUUGGCCACUUGCUCUAAAAUUUAUAUUUUUCCUUUUGAUAAUUUGACAAAUAUACUUUCAAGCAACAUAAAAUGUAACUGAAUGGAACAUCUCCCAAUUAGUCAUAGAUAACAGUACUGUAAUAUGUAUUUAUUUUCAUAGAAUUAAAACGGUAUGAUUUCUAAGGCUGAAACUGUGUUGGAGUUGCUUUUUUUUUUUGUAUUUCUUGUCCCUGAUUCUAAUUUUACCCUUAUCAAAUUUACACAAUGGAAAUAUUUCACAAUUUUGUCUUGAUGGAAAAUUAGCAAAAAUCAAAUUUACAUGAUGGAAAAAUUUCAUGAUUUUAUCUUAUGGUAAUGCGAACUAAGCAAAAAUUUCCCACUCAUAUUUUUUAAACAGGUAGUCAAAGAACAACCAGGUGUGCCAGUCUGUUAUCUGAUACUGUGGAUUUAUUUAUUUAUUUUCAUAGCUACCAAUUUUCAUUGAUUGAAGAAAAAUCAUAUUUUCAUUAAAUACUUUAUUUCAUGGUUGUUUCAAAGUUUGCAUACAACCUUUUGCUAAAUUUAUACUUUGUUGAACAUUGAAAUUGGUGGUUUAUCUUUACCCACGAAAUCCAUGAAAAUUGGUACCCUACAAAUAAUAAGGAAUCUACAGUAACUUCAAUGGUAUAUUUUAAGGUGGGAUAUAUAGAUCUAAUGAAUGGAGAAGAAAGUAUUAUGUUUGUUUCUGGUUGUAUAAGUUGUUACUAUUUUUGUCUGUUUUAUAUAUUUAGGUAAGAUGGAUGUCAAAUGAUUUGUGUCAAAACACUGUUAUAUAGAUAGGUAUAGAAGUAGAUUUUUUAUAAAAUGUAAUUGCCAUUUAUUGAAAAGUUAAAAGAAAUAAGAUAAAAAAUUGAAUUAUA